AUGGCCAUUCCAUACGCAACCGGACUGCCGGCUGACAGCCAGGCUUUGCCGUCAUUUCGCGAACUGCUCCCACCUCACCUUCACGAAGAGAUCGAGUCUACUUCAUACUAUAACUCUAGACAAUUGCGCGAUCGUCCAGUAUCAUCACACGACAUGCCUCUUAAUUCGGAUCCUAGAGAACACGCUACAUCGCGGUCUUCUCGCCCGAGUCCUGCGCUCCCCUCCAUUCGCGAUCUGCAGUCGUAUCCCGAGCGCGGGAUGGGAGUAUACCCCGAUCCCAGAGGUCUUCCACCACCACCAGAAAUGACGACGAGGCCUGUCGGUCCCCACGGAUACCACCAUUCACCCCCGACAAUCCCUGUCUCGAUGGCCGACAGAAGUGCCGAUGUUUUCAGGGGCGUACCGCCUAUUCAGGGUCAGAUGCGAUACCACUACCCGACCAUGGCUUAUCAGAGUGACCCGGAGCACGUCUCUGUACCGCUUUCACACGCACCCCAGUCAAAUUUCGGGAUCAUGGGCGACUCCACCGACUCGAGGAAUAGACGCCGACGAGGGAACCUACCAAAGCCUGUCACCGAGAUCCUCAAGGGCUGGUUCCAUACGAACUUGGAGCACCCUUACCCGAGUGAGGAGGACAAGCAGGUGCUCAUGUCUCGCACAGGUCUCACAAUCAACCAGAUCAGCAACUGGUUCAUUAACGCUAGGAGGCGCCACCUCCCCGCCUUGCGCAACCAAAGGCGCACUGGUGGAAGCGACCUGGAUGAACGACAGUCGUUGAGCGACAUGGAACAGACCUCACCCGAGCCAUCACCUCAUCGCAGACUUUGA